AUGCAGGGAUUGAUACAUGGUUCGGAAUUAAAGAAGGCGAUCAUAGUGGAGCCUGGCUUGUCCCUCACAAGGGCCCUGACUAUGGCGAGAGGAUACGUGGCCUUAGAAGUAGAAGAGAAGCGGCACAAUGAGGAAGUGUCGCGUGAAACUUUGGCAUCGGGAGAUACUUUCCUUUUCGAAUCUAAGAAUCAGACACUAGCUGCAUGGCCUCAUAAUAGAACUGACAACCGCUCGGCCAACGAAAGGAGCUCCCGAGGGACAGAAACCAAAUGGCCCCCACGAAUGACCACGAACCCCGUCAAGAGAGAUAAGGGGCGAUAUUGUGCUUUCCAUGGGGAGCACGACCAUGCAACCUACGAGUGCAGGCAGCUGAAGAUAGAUGUCAACCGCCUGGUAAAAGAAGGAUUCUUCCGAGACUGCCUAGUUUCGGACGUCGCACUCCACAUCCAGCAGGGGAGUACCAAAAGCCGGGAUCAGUCCCCUCCGCCGUACAUUAAGAAGACCGUAAACGUCAUCUCGGGAGGGUCGGACCUGUGUGGAAAUUCAGUGCGGGCUUCGAUGGCCCAUGAUCGACGGGUCCAAUCAGUAAGGGCUAUGACGUCAAUUGACAGCGAUGGCCCUGAUGUGCUCUUGUCAUUCAACCGAGGGGAAGCCUCCGAAUUAGAACACCCCCACGACGAUGCUCUUGUCAUCACCUUGGACGUUGCUCAUGUUCGAAUGAAACACAUGCUUGUCGACACCGGGAGCUCUGCCAACAUUUUGUUCGCCGGGGUUUUGAAAGAAAUGGAAAUUGAAGACUUGAAAGCCCAAGACACCCAGGUUACACUAGUAGGAUUCUCGGGUGAAAGCGCUGUUGCUCGAAGUUUCAUCCAACUACCCGUCUACGCGAAUGGAGUCAACAAAUUAGUGAAAUUUUUAAUUGUGGAUUGCCCGUCGGCCUACAACGCCAUCCUCGGCAGGCCAUGGAUUCAUGCAAUGAAGGCAGUCGCGUCGUCCUACCAUCAAGUAAUAAAGUUCCCCUGCAAGGGUGAGGUAAGGGAGAUUCAAGGAGACCAGCUGGGGGCCCGCGAAUGCUACUCCUCAUCCUUGAGGAACAAGAACAAGUUAUAG